UCGUCCGAGGCGCGAAUCAUUCUUGCCGGAGUAUAUUAGCUUGAGCGCGUGUUCUAAGUUCACAAAAGGACUCCUGAGACGAGGAAGAGAGUGCAGCAGCGUUGAUUACCUGCUGUUGGGAUGGUGCCUGCGUCUUCAUGUAUACAGACCAGUAGUUCUUCAGCGUUUACAAGACCAGGCACGAUGAAUUCGCCAACGCAAGAAACCAACUCCAACAACAAGUCAACGGGUGAGAAUAAACAGAAAUCUCCAAAGGAAAAGUUAGGACUUUCGUUCAGUGUCGAUUCUAUAAUCGCGGACUGUAAAAGAUCAACAGACGACUCGAGUUGCUCAACAACAUCAACAAAAAACACGGACGCCGUCGUCUCGUCUACGACGUCUCCGCUAAAGACUUCUACCUCGUUCAGUGUCGAUGGAAUACUCAGUAAAACUUCACCAAUUCCUUCAACAAAAAUUGUGACAGACGUUCCGACGGGUCCUGCCUGUUCGCCGUUUGCGGCACUAAGUCAGGACGCCAAAUGGGCGCAGACAAUGGCCAGUUUUCCAUGGUUAUCAGCAGCAGCAAAUUUAUCUCCACCUCCAAAUAUCGGAAGUCCUCCCCGAAUACCACACAAGUGUACGCUUAGGAAGCAUAAGACAAACCGGAAACCAAGAACUCCGUUUACGACAUCACAACUCCUAGCUUUAGAAAGAAAAUUCAGACAAAAACAAUAUCUAUCAAUAGCCGAACGUGCAGAGUUUUCAGCAUCGUUAAAUCUCACAGAGACUCAAGUAAAAAUAUGGUUCCAAAAUCGACGGGCGAAGGCGAAAAGACUUCACGAGGCAGAAAUAGAAAAAUUAAAAAUGGCCGCCAAGCCGAUGCUUCCGCCGGCAUUAGGAGUGACAUUUCCCGCUGCUGCUGCCCUCUAUGGAAAUCUUCAUCGACCGCAGGUUCCAAUGCAGCAUUUCCUUUCUCCAUACGGGUUCUACGCGGCACAUCCUACGUCACAUUCUAGUCUUGUGUUUCCACAUUGACAGCAUGUUGAACCGUGACUCUCAGUUACGAUCUCUGGUCUGUGUUCCGGCAGACUGCAGAUAUCAGCGUGAAAUCACACUGUGGCAACCGAAAUCCUAUAGCCAAUCUGAUUCGAGAUUCGAAGCACGGAGCCUGGGUUCCAAUGGUACAGGCUGACUUUCUCAUCCCCAGUGGAGCCAUUUAUUUCCAAGGGUGAUUUGCGCCGUUAAACAAACUGCUAAAUAAUUACCGGGACACAAUUCAAUACACUAAACGUGCAAUAAUGUGAUAAACUAUUCCCUUGGAACUUCUGAGGAAAUAUAAGAUCGUGGGCAAUGUUCCUAUACGGACUACGGGCAAUUAGUAGAGCAAUAAGACACAUUCCUCGGGGAACCGAAGCCAAGAUGGCCGCCCAUCUGAACUGUGAAAAUAGUGCGAUAGCGUCUUGUCUCGGCCAAAUUACCCCUAACAAAUGACACGGAAGACUGCGCGCGGGUCGCGAGGGCGAUAUAGAUCUCGAGAACUGACAAUUAAACAUUUAAUCAAUUACAGCUCAGCGACAAUUAAAGCUGUUAUUGCAAUUAAUUGGGGGCGAUUUCUUCCAGUGGCGUACAACUUGACGGCCCUCGUGAGACUGGUCCGGCGCUACCGUGGAACUGAGAUAACCAGGUUUCUUUGUGCGGGCAAAUUUCUUAUAAUUUAUCUGAAGGGAUUGGUAUUGCUCACACGUUUUUUAUCGACAUAUUUGUCAAAGGAGGGUAAUAACAAGAAAACUGCACAAAGCAGUAACCGUAGUUUCUGAGAACAUGUUAUCUCCUUUUCAUUGCUGCAGCCAGACCCUGGUGAUUUGAGGAUUUGCAAAGACGAAAAUUGAAUGCAAGCUUGGCAGAGCGGCGCGAUAGUUAUUUGAGUACCAUACAUACAUGUAGAAUGCACCAUAAUUCGUAAGAAACUGCUGUACCACAAACUUACAUAUACAUUUUGUCUCGAAGAAAUCAGCAUACUAUAGUGCGUUAAUAGAACAUCAAAACCGAAGAAAGGCUUGCAUUUAAUUUCAUUUGACAUUAUUGACACAGGUUACAGAGUAAAGCUUAUUUCCUUGUUUCAUGUUAUCAUUAAGGCCAUGAUCGUUCGAAAUUUGAUAGUUGAUAAUUCUACAUUAUUGUUGCGAACACCGAUGGAGAUGUACUCCACGUGCCAAUUUUCAUCAUGUUGGCGAGUCCGGUAACAUUUCUACGGCCAGUUUUAUUUCUGGUUACUUGUUUAACAGACAAGAACAAUUUACACGAACGAAUCAUGCCUUUAAAAACUGACUAGACUGUAAACACAGUACUUAAGAAGGAAGAAAAGACUGGACGGGAGAUCCUUGUUUUGUAAAUAUGGAUUCAAAUUCAAUUUCUAUGAAAUGAAUGGUGUAAAAUAGUCGUUCUCGUAAACAUGUAUGUAUAAUAAUAAACGUCAGAGGUUAAAUAAAGAUAACAGUUCAUAAAAUGA